UCAAGGCUCCUACUGCCUAAACUGGCUGGAUCCCUCCCUGUUUCUUGGCUUUCUAGAAGACGACGUCUCUAAAGCCCCCUGAAGAACUCCAUUUGGUGACAAAGUGAGAAGUGCCAAAAUUUGUAAUUGACAUUUCUGAAAGCCUUGGCUUUCAGUCCUAUCCAGAAUAAUGGAUAUAAAGGACCGGAGACACCGUUCUCUGACCAGAGGUCGAUGCGGAAAGGAGUGUCGCUAUACAAGUUCAUCCCUGGACAGUGAGGACUGCCGAGUUCCUACCCAGAAGUCCUACAGCUCAAGUGAGACCCUGAAGGCCUAUGAUCAUGAAACCAGGAUGCACUACGGAAACCGAGUGUCUGACCUAGUUCAUAGGGAGUCAGAUGAGUUUCCAAGACAAGGAACUAACUUCACCCUUGCAGAACUAGGAAUCUGUGAGCCCUCCCCCCAUCGAAGUGGCUACUGUUCGGACAUAGGAAUACUUCAUCAAGGCUACUCCCUGGGCACAGGGUCUGACGCUGACUCAGAUACAGAGGGAGGAAUGUCUCCAGAGCAUGCUAUAAGAUUGUGGGGGAGAGGGAUAAAAUCCAGGCGCAGUUCCGGUCUGUCGAGUCGUGAAAACUCAGCCCUUACUCUGACUGACUCUGACAAUGAAAAUAAGUCAGAUGAUGAAAACGGUCGUCCCAUUCCACCUACAUCCUCGUCUAGCCUUCUUCCAUCUGCCCAGCUGCCUAGCUCCCAUAAUCCUCCACCCGUUAGCUGCCAGAUGCCAUUGCUAGACAGCAAUACCUCCCAUCAAAUCAUGGACACCAACCCCGAUGAAGAGUUCUCCCCUAACUCAUAUCUACUCAGAGCAUGUUCAGGGCCACAGCAAGCAUCCAGCAGUGGCCCACCAAACCACCAUAGCCAGUCAACUCUGAGGCCGCCUCUUCCACCUCCCCACAACCAUACGUUGUCCCACCACCACUCCUCUGCUAACUCCCUCAACAGGAACUCGCUGACCAAUCGGCGGAACCAGAUCCACGCACCAGCUCCAGCUCCAAAUGACCUGGCCACGACCCCCGAAUCCGUCCAGCUUCAGGACAGUUGGGUCCUCAAUAGCAAUGUGCCGCUGGAAACCAGGCAUUUCCUGUUUAAGACAUCUUCUGGAACAACUCCUUUGUUCAGCAGCUCCUCUCCUGGUUACCCUCUGACCUCAGGAACAGUUUACACCCCACCACCGAGGCUGCUGCCCAGGAAUACUUUCUCCAGAAAUGCUUUCAAACUGAAAAAACCAUCCAAGUACUGUAGCUGGAAAUGUGCUGCUCUGUCCGCCAUUGCUGCUGCUGUGCUCCUGGCUAUUCUCCUGGCUUACUUCAUAGCAAUGCAUCUGCUCGGACUCAAUUGGCAGCUACAGCCGACAGAUGGACACACCUUUAACAAUGGGAUAAGGACGGGAUUACCGGGAAAUGAUGAUGUGGCAACAAUGCCAUCUGGAGGCAAAGGGCCCUGGACAUCCAAGAACAGCAGCAUAGACAGCGGGGAAGCAGAAGUUGGCCGUCGGGUCACUCAGGAAGUGCCUCCAGGGGUAUUCUGGAGAUCUCAAAUUCAUAUCAGCCAGCCACAGUUCUUAAAGUUCAACAUCUCCUUGGGGAAGGAUGCUCUUUUUGGUGUUUAUAUACGAAGAGGACUUCCUCCAUCUCAUGCCCAGUAUGACUUCAUGGAGCGCUUGGAUGGGAAGGAGAAAUGGAGCGUGGUGGAGUCUCCCCGGGAACGACGAAGCAUCCAGACCCUUGUUCAGAAUGAAGCUGUGUUUGUCCAGUACUUAGAUGUGGGUCUGUGGCACCUCGCAUUCUACAAUGACGGCAAAGACAAAGAGACGGUUUCCUUCAACACAGUUAUUUUGGACUCAGUGCAGGAUUGUCCACGAAAUUGUCAUGGGAAUGGCGAGUGUGUGUCUGGAGUCUGUCACUGUUUUCCAGGAUUCCACGGAGCCGACUGCGCUAAAGCUGCCUGCCCAGUUCUCUGCAGCGGUAACGGACAGUACUCUAAAGGAACCUGCCUGUGCUACAGCGGCUGGAAGGGCCCCGAGUGCGAUGUACCCAUGAGUCAGUGUAUCGAUCCCUCCUGCGGAGGUCACGGCUCCUGCAUCGAAGGAAACUGUGUUUGCUCUGUUGGCUACAAAGGAGAGAACUGUGAGGAAGUUGACUGCUUAGACCCAACCUGUUCCAACCAUGGGGUCUGUGUGAAUGGAGAAUGCCUCUGUAGCCCCGGCUGGGGUGGUGUAAAUUGUGAACUUCCAAGAGCUCAGUGUCCAGAUCAGUGCAGUGGACAUGGUACCUACCUCGCGGACACAGGCCUCUGCAGUUGUGAUCCCAACUGGAUGGGUCCCGACUGCUCUGUCGAAGUGUGUUCUGUAGACUGUGGCACUCACGGCGUCUGCAUCGGCGGAGCCUGUCGCUGUGAAGAGGGAUGGACAGGGGUGGCCUGUGACCAGCGCGUUUGCCACCCUCGAUGCACAGAGCAUGGGACCUGUAAAGAUGGGAAAUGUGAAUGCCGAGAGGGCUGGAAUGGGGAACACUGCACCAUUGAUGGCUGCCCCGAUUUGUGCAAUGGCAAUGGGAGAUGCACACUCGGUCAGAACAGCUGGCAGUGUGUCUGCCAGACCGGCUGGAGAGGGCCUGGAUGCAAUGUUGCCAUGGAAACUUCCUGUGCUGAUAACAAGGAUAAUGAGGGAGACGGUCUGGUGGACUGCUUGGAUCCUGACUGCUGCCUCCAGUCAGCCUGUCAGAAUAGCCUGCUCUGCCGUGGGUCCCGAGAUCCCCUCGAUAUCAUCCAACAGGGACAGAACAGCUCACCAGCCGUCAAGUCCUUCUACGAUCGAAUCAAACUCCUCGUGGGCAAGGACAGCACUCACAUCAUUCCUGGAGAGAACCCUUUCAACAGCAGUCUGGUGUCUCUCAUCAGAGGCCAAGUGGUGACUACAGAUGGAACUCCCCUCGUCGGAGUCAAUGUGUCAUUUGUCAAGUAUCCAAAAUAUGGCUACACCAUCACUCGUCAGGAUGGCACGUUUGACCUCAUCGCCAAUGGUGGGGCCUCUCUCACUCUGCACUUUGAGCGGGCUCCCUUCAUGAGUCAGGAGAGGACAGUGUGGCUCCCCUGGAAUAGCUUCUAUGCCAUGGACACCCUCGUGAUGAAGACGGAGGAGAACUCCAUCCCCAGUUGUGACCUCAGUGGCUUUGUCCGGCCGGACCCAAUCAUCAUAAGCUCCCCACUGUCUACAUUCUUCAGUGCUGCACCUGGGCGGAAUCCCAUUGUUCCCGAGACUCAGGUUCUUCAUGAAGAAAUUGAGAUCCCCGGUACGAAUCUAAAGCUGUGCUACCUGAGCUCCCGCACUGCCGGAUACAAAUCCCUGCUGAAGAUUUCCAUGACCCAGUCUGUCGUGCCUCUGAGUCUGAUAAAAGUUCACCUGAUGGUCGCUGUGGAAGGACAUCUGUUUCAGAAGUCAUUCCAGGCUUCUCCCAAUUUGGCAUACACUUUUAUCUGGGAUAAGACGGAUGCUUAUGGCCAAAGAGUGUAUGGACUUUCAGAUGCCGUGGUCUCUGUAGGGUUUGAAUAUGAGACCUGCCCCAGCCUAAUUUUGUGGGAGAAGAGGACUGCGCUCCUGCAAGGCUUUGAACUGGAUCCUUCAAACCUGGGGGGAUGGUCCCUGGACAAACACCACGUUCUGAAUGUCAAGAGCGGGAUCCUCCACAAGGGCAAUGGAGAGAAUCAGUUUCUUACCCAACAGCCAGCUCUCAUCACCAGCAUCAUGGGAAAUGGGCGGCGGAGGAGCAUCUCCUGCCCGAGCUGCAAUGGCCUUGCCGAAGGGAACAAACUUCUUGCACCUGUGGCUCUCGCCGUGGGGAUCGACGGGAGCCUCUUUGUGGGGGAUUUUAAUUACAUCCGACGCAUCUUUCCCUCUAGAAAUGUCACGAGCAUUCUGGAGUUACGAAAUAAAGAGUUUAAACAUAGCAACAAUCCUGCCCAUAAGUAUUAUUUGGCAGUGGACCCUGUCUCUGGGUCACUCUAUGUGUCAGAUACCAACAGUCGGCGAAUUUAUCGAGUCAAGUCCCUGAUGGGAGCCAAAGAUCUGGCUGGAAACUCGGAGGUAGUGGCCGGGACCGGAGAGCAGUGCUUGCCCUUUGAUGAAGCCAGGUGUGGGGAUGGAGGGAAGGCCGUGGAUGCUACACUAAUGAGUCCUCGAGGUAUCGCAGUGGACAAGAAUGGGCUCAUGUACUUUGUGGAUGCCACUAUGAUUCGGAAGGUGGAUCAAAAUGGAAUCAUCUCUACCUUGCUGGGUUCCAAUGACCUCACAGCGGUCCGUCCCCUGAGCUGUGACUCGAGCAUGGACGUCGCCCAGGUGCGUUUGGAAUGGCCCACCGACCUCGCCAUCAACCCCAUGGACAACUCCUUGUAUGUGCUGGAGAACAAUGUCAUCUUGAGGGUGACCGAGAAUCACCAGGUCAGCAUUAUCGCGGGGCGGCCCAUGCACUGCCAGGUUCCCGGCAUCGACUACUCGCUCAGCAAACUGGCCAUCCACUCCGCCCUGGAAUCGGCCAGUGCCAUCGCUAUCUCCCAUACCGGCAUCCUCUACAUCACUGAGGCGGACGAGAAGAAGAUUAACCGUGUGCGCCAGGUCACCACCAACGGAGAGAUCUGCCUCUUAGCCGGGGCGGCCUCAGAGUGUGACUGCAAAAACGAUGUCAACUGCAACUGCUACUCUGGAGAUGACGCCUACGCUACGGACGCCAUCUUAAAUACCCCAUCCUCCUUAGCGGUGGCCCCCGACGGCACCAUCUACAUCGCUGACCUCGGAAAUAUCCGGAUCAGGGCCGUCAGCAAAAACAAGCCCAUCCUGAACCCUUUCAACCAGUAUGAAGCCGCCUCCCCGGGAGAGCAGGAGAUGUACGUGUUCAACGCGGACGGGAUUCACCAGUACACCCUCAGCCUGGUGACGGGAGAGUACCUGUACAACUUCUCCUACAACGCCGACAGCGACGUCACCGAGCUGGUCGACAGCAGCGGCAACUCACUGAAGAUCCGCAGGGACACCACCGGCCUGCCCCGCCACUUGCUGAUGCCCGACAACCAGAUCGUCACGCUGACCGUGGGCUCCAAUGGGGGCCUGAAAGUGGUUUCCAACCAGAACUUAGAACUCGGGCUGAUGACCUAUGAUGGAAACACUGGCCUCCUGGCCACCAAAAGUGAUGAAACGGGAUGGACGACGUUUUAUGACUACGACCACGAGGGCCGCCUGACCAACGUGACCCGCCCCACGGGGGUGGUAACUAGCCUGCACCGGGAGAUGGAGAAGUCCAUCACCAUCGACAUCGAGAACUCCAACCGUGACGAUGAUGUCACCGUUAUCACUAAUCUCUCCUCCGUGGAAGCCUCCUACACUGUCGUACAAGAUCAAGUGCGGAACAGCUACCAGCUCUGUAACAAUGGCACCCUGAGAGUGAUGUAUGCCAAUGGCAUGGGCAUCAGCUUCCACAGCGAGCCCCAUGUCCUCGCCGGCACUAUCACCCCCACCAUUGGGCGAUGCAACAUCUCUCUGCCCAUGGAGAACGGCCUGAAUUCCAUCGAGUGGCGCCUGAGGAAAGAACAGAUUAAAGGCAAAGUCACCAUAUUUGGCAGGAAGCUCCGGGUUCAUGGAAGAAACCUGCUGUCCAUUGACUACGACAGGAACAUCCGCACGGAGAAAAUCUACGACGAUCAUCGGAAAUUCACUCUGCGGAUAAUAUACGACCAACUGGGUCGUCCUUUCCUCUGGCUCCCCAGCAGCGGGCUGGCUGCUGUCAACGUCUCCUAUUUCUUCAAUGGUCGGCUGGCUGGCCUCCAGCGUGGCGCCAUGAGCGAGAGGACAGAUAUUGACAAACAAGGCAGGAUCAUCUCACGCAUGUUUGCCGACGGGAAGGUGUGGAGUUACACAUACCUCGAGAAAUCGAUGGUUCUCCUGCUACAGAGCCAGAGGCAGUACAUCUUCGAAUACGAUUCCUCCGACCGGCUCCAGGCGGUCACCAUGCCCAGCGUGGCCCGGCACAGUAUGUCCACUCACACCUCCAUAGGCUACAUAAGGAAUAUCUACAAUCCUCCCGAGAGCAACGCUUCGGUGAUCUUUGAUUUCAGCGACGACGGCAGGAUUUUAAAAACGUCCCUCUUGGGAACCGGGCGGCAAGUGUUCUACAAGUACGGGAAGCUCUCCAAGCUGUCUGAGAUCGUCUAUGACAGCACUGCGGUCACCUUUGGCUACGAUGAAACCACGGGGGUUUUGAAAAUGGUAAAUCUCCAGAGCGGUGGGUUUUCCUGUACCAUCCGCUACAGAAAAAUCGGCCCCCUCGUGGACAAGCAGAUCUACAGGUUCUCGGAAGAAGGCAUGGUCAAUGCCAGAUUCGAUUACACCUACCACGACAACAGCUUUCGGAUCGCGAGCAUCAAACCCGUCAUAAGCGAGACCCCUCUGCCGGUGGAUCUCUACCGCUAUGACGAGAUCUCGGGCAAGGUGGAACACUUCGGCAAGUUCGGCGUCAUCUACUACGACAUCAACCAAAUCAUCACCACUGCCGUGAUGACCCUGAGCAAGCACUUUGACACCCACGGGCGCAUUAAGGAGGUGCAGUAUGAGAUGUUCCGGUCCCUCAUGUACUGGAUGACGGUGCAGUACGACAGCAUGGGGAGGGUGACCAAGAGGGAACUGAAGCUGGGGCCCUACGCCAACACGACCAAGUACACUUACGAUUAUGAUGGGGACGGGCAGCUCCAGAGCGUGGCAGUGAACGACAGGCCCACGUGGCGCUAUAGCUACGACCUCAACGGGAACCUCCAUCUGCUGAACCCGGGGAACAGCGUGCGGCUCAUGCCCCUGCGCUAUGACCUCAGGGACAGGAUCACCCGCCUUGGGGACGUGCAGUACAGAAUCGACGACGACGGCUUCCUGAGCCAACGGGGCUCGGAUGUCUUUGAGUACAACUCGAAGGGUCUCUUGACCAGAGCGUACAACAAAGCCAGUGGGUGGACCGUUCAGUACCGGUACGAUGGUGUGGGAAGGAGGGCCUCCUGCAAAACCAACCUGGGCCAUCACCUGCAAUACUUCUACGCGGACCUCCACAACCCCACCCGCAUGACCCACGUCUACAACCAUUCCAACUCGGAGAUCACCUCGCUGUACUACGACCUGCAGGGCCAUCUCUUCGCCAUGGAGAGCAGCAGCGGGGAGGAGUACUACGUGGCCUCGGACAACACCGGCACCCCGUUGGCCGUGUUCAGCAUCAACGGCCUUAUGAUCAAACAGUUGCAGUACACGGCUUACGGAGAGAUCUACUACGACUCCAACCCCGACUUCCAGCUGGUCAUUGGCUUCCACGGGGGACUCUAUGACCCUCUGACCAAGCUGGUCCACUUCACUCAGCGAGACUAUGAUGUCCUGGCGGGGCGAUGGACUUCUCCAGAUUAUACCAUGUGGAGGAAUAUCGGGAAAGAGCCUGCCCCCUUCAACCUGUACAUGUUCAAGAGCAACAAUCCUCUGAGCAACGAAUUGGAUUUAAAGAACUAUGUGACAGAUGUGAAGAGCUGGCUUGUGAUGUUUGGAUUUCAGCUCAGCAACAUCAUCCCUGGCUUCCCGAGGGCCAAAAUGUAUUUUGUACCUCCCCCUUAUGAAUUGUCAGAGAGUCAAGCAAGUGAGAAUGGACAGCUCAUCACCGGCGUCCAGCAGACCACAGAGAGACACAAUCAGGCAUUCAUGGCCCUGGAGGGCCAGGUCAUCUCCAAACGCCUCCACGCCAGCGUCCGAGAGAAAGCCGGACACUGGUUUGCCACGACCACUCCCAUCAUUGGGAAAGGCAUUAUGUUCGCCAUCAAGGAAGGGCGCGUGACCACGGGCAUGUCCAGCAUCGCCAGCGAGGACAGCCGGAAAGUGGCCUCGGUGCUCAACAACGCCUACUACCUGGAGAAGAUGCACUACAGCAUCGAAGGCAAGGACACCCAUUACUUCGUCAAGAUCGGCUCCUCCGACGGUGACCUGGUCACCCUGGCCGUGACCAGCGGGCGGAAGGUGCUGGACAGUGGGGUGAACGUGACUGUAUCCCAGCCCACCCUGCUGGUCAACGGGAGGACUCGAAGGUUUACAAAUAUUGAGUUCCAGUACUCCACGCUGCUGCUCAACGUCCGCUACGGCCUCACCCCCGACACCUUCGAUGAAGAAAAGGCAAGAGUGCUCGACCAGGCCCGGCAGAGGGCCCUGGGGGUGGCCUGGGCCAAGGAGCAGCAGAGAGCCCGCGACGGCCGAGAGGGGAGCCGCUCGUGGACUGACGGCGAGAAGCAGCAGCUCCUGAGCGCGGGAAGGGUUCAAGGCUAUGAGGGAUACUAUGUACUUCCUGUGGAGCAAUACCCAGAGCUUGCAGACAGUAGCAGCAACAUCCAGUUUUUAAGACAGAAUGAAAUGGGAAAGAGGUAACAAAUUAAUCUGCUGCCAUCCUUGCAUGGAUGGCUCAGUAGACAUAACUGUUAUCUCCUCUCCUAAGGAGAUGAAGACCUAAACGGGGCACUAGGCUGAGCUGCUUUGGGAUAGCGAGUGGCAAGAAAGCUCACAUUUUUUGAGUUCAAAUGCUACUGUCCGAGAGAGACGUCCCACGUCUUGAAGUGGACUAAAGCCUGACUGAAAACUCACCAGAAAAUUUCUACUCAAGUUCCCCUAAAAUAUUACCCACUUGUUCUGGGUCCAAGGAAAAUUGACAAAAAAUUCAAAAGGAAAAAAAAAAUAAAGAAAUAAGGAAGGCCUCAUAUUAUAUUACCUCACUCCAUUCACACGUGAGAAAAACUUUGAGAAAUCUGCGAGGGCCAGCUUUACCAGACCAGCUGAUGAAAACCAUUCGGACUGCUUGUUUGAUAAAUACUCCAAAAGUUUUCAUUUAAGCAAACUACAGGUGCAUUUAAAACAUGACUUUGGGGUGAUUUGUGUGUAGCAACCGGGGUUGGGGGGGCGGGGAAAGUGAAAGAGUGAGCACUGGAAAUACUUUAAAAGAAAUAAAAAUACAAGGAAAAAAGAGAAAUUAACAUCAAAAACGAAAGAGAGGAGAUCAUAACGUCCUGCACUUGCUCUUGGGUUCCGCAUCUGCCGGACCCGAGCUAAUUUAUUCGAGGAGGGCAGAGUGUAAAGUUCAAUUCAAAAUGGUGGCUAUAAUCACUACAGAUAAAUUUCAUACUCUGUUUGUCUUUGAAGAUUCCAUUGUGGACAGUAUAACAGUUACAGGGUGUAGUCUGUUUAGAUUCAGUAGUUUGUUGGUAUCAGUUCCAGUAGAGGUGUGGGCAUAUUGUGUCACUCUUUUGCAAACGGGCACCACUUCAGAUCACCCUGUACAUACAUAAGCCGCAAGGCACGAUCACUGUUUCAGAUUUAAAAUUAUUAGUGUGUUUGUUUGGUCCAGAAACUGAGACAAUCACAUGGCAGUCACCACGAGGAGCGAAAAAAAAAAUAAAGUCUAUUAAGAACUUUGGUAAAAUAACUUUUUUGUAAUAUACAUGUAUGAAUUGUUCAUUGAGUUUUUAUAUUAAUUUUAAUUUGCUGCUAAGCAAAGACUAGGGACAGGCAAAGAUAAUUUAUGGCAAAGUGUUUAAAUUGUUUAUACAUAAAUAAAGUCUCUAAAACUCCUGUGGACAA